CCCAACAUUCUUCUUCAUUAAUAAUAUUCACUCCCUAAAAACUUUACGUACAAAAACAUUUCUAUUUUCUUCAAUCCAAACAAUGACAGACAUACGUGACGAGCAGGGCCGUCCGAUUCAACUCACCGACGAGUUCGGCCACCCGGUUCAACUCACCGACGAGCAUGGUGUACCCAUCCACAUCACCGGUGUUGCCACCACCGUUGGAUCGGAUCCUCAGGACCAGAUUACUAUUGGGUCGGAGCUUCAUAAUAAGAAGACGCAUGAUCACGCGACCCAAACGACCGUGGGUGAGGAGAUGCAUGGGGGGACCCACUUUGCUCCGACUCCACUUGAUUAUGUGAAACAUGGUGCUGGUGCGGUUGCGGGUGCUGGGGCCGCGACGGUGGGUGCGGUGGCUGGAGCUGGCAAAGCGGCUACCGGUGCUGUUACUGGCAGUGCGGCACCGGGGAGUCAUACCCAGCAACAUGUUGCUGGGGAUGAGAAGAAAGAGCUACAACGGUCUACGAGUUCUAGCUCUGGUUCGUCGGAAGACGAUGGACAAGGAGGGAGGAGGAAGAAGAAAGGUUUGAUGCAGAAAAUAAAAGACAAGCUUCCGGGACACAGCGACAAAGCCGCACACAGCCCCGGCACCACCGACACCGACACUAAAGUAAGUGAGACCAAAGUUGGUACCGCUGCUGGAAGACCAGUUACGGUGGAGCACCAUGAACAAGAACACCAAAAGAAAGGUUUCUUAAACAAGAUUAAAGACAAACUUCCCGGCCAUCAUUAAUCAUCUUCCUUUUUACUGUUUUAGUAUGUGUGUUCUAUUUGUGUGUGUAGGUGGAUUCUGUUUUUUUUUUUGUUU